AUGAUACAGACGCACGCAGACGCCACUCGUGUACCUUCUGCGGACCCGCAGUCCGCCGCUGCGACCGAAUUCGACAUCGCCAUCGUCGGCGCCGGCAUCCUCGGUCCAGCUCUUGCGUACGGACUCGCCGAGUCAGGCCGGUCCGUCCUCCUCCUCGAACGCGACCUGUCCGAGCCCGACCGGAUCGUCGGCGAACUUCUCCAGCCAGGCGGCUGCCUCGCCUUGCAGAAACUCGGUAUUGAUGAUGCGCUCGAGGGGAUCGAUGCGGUGCCUUGCGAGGGAUACCAGGUCUUUUGGGGAGACCAGUCGGUCGCGAUUCCGUAUCCGGAGGAGAGCAAGAAGAUGAUGUGGAGCGACGGGACGGAGCGGAAGCAAGAGGGGCGGAGCUUCCACCACGGGCACUUUGUGCAGAACUUGCGACGGAAAGCACAGUCGGCAAAGGGCGUCACGCUCGUCGAGGCGACGGUCAACGAGUUGCUGGAGGAUGCGGCGGGCACGAUCGUCGGCAUCAAGGCGACUCCUCGCAAGCGCGACGAUGGCGCAUCCGACCCAGCGCAGGUCGACUUCCGCGCCAAGCUCACCAUCGUUGCCGACGGCUGCAUGUCCAAGUUCCGCCGCUCUCUCCUCCCUUCUCACGUCACCCCUUCGACCCGUUCGCACUUUGUCGGCCUCGUCCUCGAAGACGCCGACCUACCAGCCCCUCACCACGGCCACGUCAUCCUCGGCAAGAUGGACCCCGCGAACCCCCCUCCUCCCGCCGACUUGACCGUCCCCUCUCUCGGCCCGGUCCUCGUCUACCAACUCGCGACACAUGAGACCCGCAUGCUCGUCGAUAUUCGGGGUUACAAGCUCCCUCCGCAGCGAGACCUCGCCUCCUUCCUCCGCACGCACGUCUCGCCCGUCCUUCCCUCCUCGAUCGUUCCCUCGUUCGAAAAGGCCCUCGAAAAGAGUUUGUCAGGCGACAAAGCGUACCGCCUUCGCUCGAUGCCUAACUCGUGGUUGCCGUCCUACCCGCAAGGUCGAGACGUCCAAGGCGCUUUCCUCGCCGGCGACUCGCUCAAUAUGCGACACCCGUUGACGGGCGGAGGGAUGACAGUCGCUUUCAACGACGCUGUUAUCCUGACGCAGCUUCUUGGCGGCGGGAAAGCGGUGGGACAAGUCGAGCCGGACGAGCGGGGAGCGGUGGGUCUCGAGAACUGGCUCGAUAUGAGCGAGCGGCUCGAGGAGUGGCAUUGGAAGAGGAAGGCCGUCGCGAGUUGUAUCAACGUGCUCUCGCUCGCGCUGUACUCGCUCUUCGGUGCAGACGACGAGAACCUCGAAGUGCUCAAGACUGGCUGCUUCAAGUACUUCGAGCGCGGCGGGGACUGUAUCAGCGGGCCCGUCUCACUCCUCUCCGCCCUCCGCCCCUCCCCCGCCUUGCUCUUCUACCACUUCUUCCGCGUCGCAUUCUACUCAAUCUACUGCCUCUUCACCACUCCCCUCGCCUCUUCCACCUCCAAGGGCAAGCCAGCGGUGUGGCAGUACCCUGCGCUGACGGUCAAGAGCAUCAGGGUGUUUUGGACGGCUUGUGUGGUGUUGCUGCCGGUGUUGUGGAGUGAGGGACAGAUGUAG